AUGUAUACCCAGUCAACUUUCUCGCCUCGCAUGACGGGUCAGUGGGAGGAGGACGGGCACAGCGACCCGCCGUCCACCCGUUCCUCGAAUGAUCCUCCAGAGCAUAUGUCUCAUAUUCGCUCGCGGUCAACCGCUCAUACCGAUAGCCCCAAGCGGAUGUCCGUAUUUAGCGGCCGCACUCGCAGUAACACGACGACCUCCACCUCGUCCCGCCGUUCACCAGGCUCCUCCAUGACCUCCGUUGAUAGCUCCGUCCCGUCUCAGGACGAGCGGACCACUUCCGCUCUGGGCAUGCGCCCGGAGAAGGAUCGUUCACGUUCAUUUCUCGCUCGUGGAAGCCGGAUCCUUCGCCGUCAGGGCAGCAAGGUCAACAUCGUCGCCACGCUGGACGAGGAAGACGAAAUGGAUCGCGAGGCUCAGCAGCAACCUCGAAUGGAUAAACCCGACAUGUUCGGCCGUCGUGCCCGGCGCAUUGACACCCAUGAACGCCUGAAGAGCCUCAUCUCCGAUCCCUUCGACUUUCACCAUCUUACCCAUACCAGCCCUUCCCAAUUCCAAUACCUGGACCGGACCCGUGAGAACGAUCUCGUCACCGAAUUCUCCGUCAUUCGGGCGUCUCAACGGCCCGAGGCGGCCCUCAAGGGCAUUCGGGCCGACGACAUCCACUUCCGCAAUUUCUCCGCUGAAGAUUUGGCCACGUAUGGCACGGCCACGACCGUUGAUGAGCCUGCUCCUCAGAGUCCGCCGCGUUCGCCAUCAGCGUUGGGUUCGACCAGUCCGUCGGGUCACGUUCGAAGAGAUUCUCGCACUUUCGAAAACUUCUCUCGGCCGGUUUCGAGAUAUCCUCGAUCAUGUCCUACCACGCCUCCGCCUCCAAGCGUCCCGGAGAGUGAAUCUGAAACGGAUGAACCUGCGCCCCGUGCAAUUGAUGAGAUUUUGGGCCUUUCGUCACCUCAGACGUACCCGGAGUUCAUUGAAUCGGCUCCCUCCACGCAGCUUCGAUUCAGCCCAGAGCCGAAUGAUACAUAUACGCGUACAUAUUCCGUGAGCAGCCACUAUGAUCUGGAAGACGUGCCAGAAGAGGAAGAAGCUACGCGGCUCUGGGAAAACAGCCCGGAUGCAAGCAUUGGCUGUGCCCAUUCCCGAUCCACCUCCCAGGUGAGUCCUGGUAUGGUUGAACCUCGCUCGUGCAGUGUGGCUCCCAAGGUACCGCUGUCGAUCUUCGUGGCCGAGGAGCUGUCGAGAAAGUUCUCCGAGGCUCUAGGCUCGCCGACUCUUCCUCAAAACCUUCCCAAUUCAUCCCCUAAUGCCCAUGACACCAUCACUCCACCGGGCAUGUCGGCCGUCCACCAACCUUCGUAUGAGGAUGAACUAUACGGUUCGUGGGACGCGGAUAUCGACUACUGCUACGAGCAUGCAGCCGAAUCCACCUCCAACUUUGACUGGUCGCGCACCUCUCUGGAGGAGGCACAGCAACCUCAGAUCGGAGUGGCCUGUAGUGAUGAGCCCUCCGGGCUCGGAGCUCCCAAAGCUCGCCAUCUGCAGCCGAGUCCCCUGAGCACCUCCACGCUUCCCACGCCGGAUCUGGACCGCAGCCCGGCACGUUCAGCAGCCUUGCGCUCGGCUGUCACCCCGUCAACCACGGAAUACGAGCGGGAUUUCAUGACCGGACGCGCAGGCGACUACUUCCAACCCGUCAGUUCCUCGAUCCUGCCGUCCGUCCUGUCCAAGCAGAUUAACCAGGAAACGCUGUACGAGGACUACUUGACAACUGAUGCGGAAUCAGAUCGGCACUUUCCUUUUCACCAGGGCAUGAUUGCCUCGGAGAACAACCCUGUCUCUCCGCGGAGCAGCUUCUCGCCCAUCAGCAAGUGCAACUCCCAAGAGAGCUUAAUGCUCUCCCGUGCAGCUUCCAUCGUCCGCAAGCACCGCUCCUCCGUAUCUACUACCAGUGUACCGGAGCUUAUCCAUAGCCUGUCAAGCAGCCGUGAGCUGAUGCCCACCGAUAGGCUGACUGCCGGCGAGACUCUCAGCCGCCCCCCUUCUUCUCAUCACCACCGCCAAACCAAGAGUCUGGAGACGCAUCUGCUACUUCAGGCGGGUAGCAAUGCCAACAUCUCCGCCUCGGACCUCACUCUCCCCACUUCUCUGGCCCAUGACCGCGCCAAAUUCAUCUCCGACGUGGAUGUCCACACCGUCAAGGUCGACCAAGUCCUCCCCGCGGUUCCCCUCAAGAACCCGAACCGUAUCAAGACCCGAAAGUCUUCCUACUCUCUGUUCCCCACCGCUCAUUGA